AUGGCAAAUCAAGUUAUUGUAGGAGCUCUAUUUCAGGAAGGAACCUGUCAAGUGAGACCACCUUACUUCAAUGGACAACACUUCUCCCACUGGAAAAUCCGCAUGGAAAUCUUCACCAAAUCAUACGAUGUCAAAGUAUGGAGAGUUAUCAAAAAUGGGAACUACCCACUGCCUGCCAGCACACCACCACUCGCUGACCCUGAUGAUAUAGACUCAUACUCAAAGAAACAAUUGGAAGCUGUUCAAAUAAAUCACAAGGCAAGGAACCUGCUUCAUAAUGCAAUAAGUGGUGAAGAAUAUGAAAAGAUUUCCAGUUGUGAUACUGCUAAAGAAAUGUGGGAUAAACUCGAAGUCACCUAUGAAGGUACCAGCAAGGUAAAAGAAACCCACAUAAAUAUACUGGUUCACAACUAUGAAUUAUUCUCAAUGAAAGAAGGAGAAUCCAUUGAAGAAAUGUUUGCCCGGUUCAGUAAGAUAAUCAGCGACCUAAAAGCUUUUGGCAAACCAUACUCCAGUGGCGAUCAGGUUAGGAAAAUUCUCAGAAGUCUACCAACCACCUGGCAGACUAAAGUCGUCACCUUGGAAUCUCAAGAUCUAAAUAAGUUGUCAUAUGAUGAACUGCGAGGAGAGCUCAUUGCUUUCGAAAGAACACAUCUGAAGAAGACAAAUCAAGAGGAGAAGAAGAAAACUGUUGCAUUCAAAGCUACUACUGAAGCUGCUGAAAAUGAAGUUGAUGAUCCUGAAACUCUACAAGAGAAAAUUGCUAUGAUGUCUAGAAACAUGGAUGGAUUAAUGAGAAGAUAUAGAAAUACAAAGAAAGGAAGAUUUCCACCAAGAAGAUCUAGACAAUACAAUGAACAAGAUAAGAACGAUGGAAAAUGCUAUGAAUGUGGAAUGUUUGGACACAUCCAAGCAGAGUGUCCAGAACUAAAGCAAAAGAUCCCCAGAGGAUUCAACAAAAACAGAUCAUUUCGAAGCCGGAGUGAUGAGGAUGACUCAGACCACGAAGAAAUAGCAAAUCUCUACUUCAUGACAAUUCUUGAAAACGAGAUUAACAAAACUUCAGGAUGA